AUGAAAGAUCGAGGAUACCGCGUAUCCUUUGCCACCCACGACUCAGGAGAGGAGUGGGUGCGAGCUUACGGCUUACCGUUUCUAUCAGCAGGCGAGUUUCCGAUCACAGCCAAGGAAUUACGUCAAAAGUUACAAGCCAUGACUCGAGAUGCCUCAAAUUUUCGAGGAAUUUUGACCAUGUUUAAUGACAUUUACGUUCGAGCUGCAAGGCCCAUGUUUGAUGCAUUGUUAUCUCAAUUAGAUGACACGGAGGUUAAUCCUAACACACCGGAUUUAUUAGUAAUUGAUAUUGCGUCCGUAGGCGCACAGUAUCUCGCGCAUAAGUUGGAAAUUCCGUACAUUUUGAAUUCACCGUCGCUGUUGUUUGAUCUGGGCGGAGCACCAAGUUAUGUGCCUGCUUGGGGCACAGGAUUUCAUGAAAGCAUGUCGCUCUGGAAUCGAUGUAUGAAUAUUUUAUUUCCAAGAUUGCUAUCGGUGGCAUUAACACCACCAUUUAUGGAACUAAACAAGAUGCGAUAUGAACUGGACCUACCACCGUUUCGGUCUCAACAUGAUUUGUUUAAAGGAGCUCGUAUCAUUUUGAACACGGCGUUUGGCCUUGAACAUCCACAACCUCUUUCACCGCUCGUGGAUGCAGUAGGACCAAUUAUGCCGGUACAAGGUGGAAGUGCGAGCAAGUUGGAGCGUCAGCCACUACCAGAAGCGUUAAUGGAUUGGCUAAAUGAUCCAAUAAUAAUCACUUCAUCGCUAAAGCAAACUGCAGCUCGAGUUCAUUCCACAGAGAAUGAAGCCGAGACGGGGGCUGGCAGUGUUGUGUAUGUUAAUUUCGGAACAACUGCGUAUCUUGACGAAUGGCAGGCAAAAGCCCUUAUUGAAGGAUUGCUUUCGGAUGUUGAAGACCAACCAGUCAAGGUCUUAUGGAUUCUUCCAGCCGAUCAACAUAGUACUUUACCGUCGAGUGUCCCGCCUUCUUUUUUGAUCAAAACACCAAAUUUUUCGCUGUCAAAUUUGGAAGUUCUUAAUCACCCAGCUGUUAGUCUAGUCAUUUCCCAUUGUGGCAUGGUCUCAGCACAAGAAGCGCUUGUGAUGGGCAAACCGCUAUUAUGUAUCCCCUUUUUAGUCGACCAACCAGACGUUGCGGCACGUGUUGCAGAUUCCGGUGCCGGUAUUCUGUUGGACAAGAAUUUGUUGUCAGCUUCGUAUAUCCAUGCAGCAGUUGCCGAAUUGCGUACUAAUGUAACGUACACACUAGCAGCCAAAAAAAUUGGUGCCAUAUUGGAACGAGCAGGAGGAACCACACGUGCAGUUGAGAUCAUUGAUGCAGCCUUACGAUUGGGAUUUGAUCAUCUGGCGACACUAAACACGAUUGCUCCAUGGCACAAGACUGCAUUGUUAGAUGUCUGGGCAGUCUACGCGGCACUUAUCUGCUUGUCGGCCGUGUGCGUGCGUAUGCAGUGGCUAAUGUUCUAUCGCACGGUAUCCAAAACCAUUCGUCUUGUACGCAAUUUCACUCUUGGGUUGAUUCGUCGUGCUACGUCAAUGAUGGAAUCAUAUGACGAAGUUCCUGAAGACAAAGAUGAGUAG